CAUGCCACUUAAAGGAAAAUAAUAAUAAAAGGCUUUUGUUUUGGGUUUUAACAAUGUAGUGUAAUAUGUUUAUCUUUGUAACUGUAGUGACGCGCUACUGCGCACGUCACGAAUCAGGAAGUUGAUCGCUAUGCGAUAGUCAAUCGCAACAGCCUGCAAUCUCUCUCAGUCACCUGUUUCUCCAGCGAUCGCGUUUUUCCUUUCCCUUUGCUAAAGCAACGUCUUUUCACAAUAUUCCCAGUAAAUUUUAUGGAGAUUAAUCAUCUGUGUCCUGGAGUUUUCUUGGGAGUGUUUAAGCUGAAUGGAUCGUAGUCCAUGACAGUGAAAAGACGGCGACACAGCUAAUGAGGGACACAAGGAUCGCUUUUUCACGGAGCAAUUCAAUGCCAAGAGAAGUGGCCAACGCUACAGCAUUACAGUGUGCUUCUCAUGUUAUUGACACCGGAGUGAGUCACGAUGUCACAACGAAGCAACAGUAAAAAAGGCAAUGAAGAUAUCCAGUCAGAGACUGUGCGUUCAAGAAGCAGUCGUGCAUCUGGUACAUCGUCCAGCUCGAAGAUUAGUAUGGCUGUCGCCAUGGCAAAGGCAAAGGCUGAAGCAGCGCAAGCUAGAGCAGCACACACGCAGAAAGAAAUCGAACUUAAAGUAGAGCAAGCUCGUGUUCAAGCCAAUCUUGAUGCAUUAAAUGAGGAGAAAGAAAAGGAUGCUGCCAUAGCAGAGGCAAAUGCUCUUGUUGCCGGAUUACAAGAUAUGGGUUUUGAAGUAUGCAGUAAGGCUAGCAGCCAGGUUCCUCAAUCGGUCAAAGACCAGCGAGUCGCCGCUUAUGUGUCAGCACAAGCCAGCCUAUGCAGCAAAGGUUUAUCGGUAAGAAGAGGUAGUGACUAUAUUUCACCAACGCUGCAUCCUCCACAUUCUCAAACUAAUGAUGCAAUCAUCUCAACGCCUCACCCACUCAGCACGAGUCAAAAUUAAGCUGCUGCUUCUGCAGACACUAUGCCACAUCAAGUUUAUCAAGCUCCUCAGACCAGUGGAGUGCCGCUACAACAAAGCUACAAUCCAGCGUUUAACACUUUCUCAGUUCUUCAGCGUGAUGAAAGUCGCUUGCAACAGAACGUCAAAUCGGAUCCCUCCCCUCCUGCGCGCGCACAUGUUCACAAGACACCUUAUGAAGCUAGCUAUGAUCAUUCUACUUCCACUGGAGAUCUCAUCAAAUACCUAGCUCGUAGCAGCCUGGUGACUUCAGGUUUAUCCGCAUAUGACGAUCAGCCAAUUAACUAUUGGGCCUGGAAAACAUCGUUCCUGAAUGCUAUAACCGAUCUAGACCUGUCGGCUGCAGGAGAACUUGACCUCCUCACCAGGUAUCUAGGAAAAGAGUCAACAGAGCAAGUAAGAAGAAUUAAAACUGUCAACAUUAAGGAUCCAGUCAUUGGAUUGCGCAUGGCAUGGGAACGCCUUGACAAAGUAUAUGGAUCACCAGAGGCCGUCGAGCAGGCUUUGUUCAACAAGCUAGAAAACUUCCCGAAGGUUACGAUGAAGGAUCCACGAGGACUCAGGGAUCUAGCCGACCUGUUAUCGGAGCUUCAAGCAGCCAAAGAAGAUAACUAUCUUGCAGGCUUAUCGUAUUUGGAUACCUCCAGAGGUAUUAGGCCUAUUAUCGAGAAACUACCAUACAACAUGCAAGAAAAGUGGCUUUACCUUGGAGCAAAAUACAAACAGGAACAUUUGGUUAGUUUUCCACCUUUCUCCGUGUUUGUAGACUUCAUCACCAUGGAGGCAAGGGCUCGCACUGACCCAAGUUUUAACUUCUUCACGGAAGCCACAGUGGAGAGAAAGAGUAAAUGGGAGAAACCUACUAAGACACCAGUAUACGUUCACAAGACGCAGGUCUCAGGGGUUUCUAAGGCAGAAUAUGGAGAAAGUACAGAACGUAUUGAUCCCAACAAACACUGCCCCCUGCACAAGAAGCCUCAUCCUCUGAGGAAGUGCAGAGGCUUUUGCGAGAAGAGCAUAAAUGAUCGUAAACAUCUUUUGAAAGAGCAUCAUAUCUGCUUUCGCUGUUGCUCCUCCACAGACCAUAUAGCAAAGAACUGCACCGCUGAAAUAAAAUGUACAGAGUGUGGGAGUGUGGCUCAUGUGACAGCACUUCACCCCUACUCACCUACCUGGAAAUCUAAGGCAUUCCCUUCCACUUCAGAGGAUGGUGGGGAGGAGGACAAAGCAGAAAUCAGAGAGGUUAAGUCGACGUGCACUCAAGUAUGUGGUGAAGGAUUGAGCGCUAGGACAUGUGCUAAGAUCUGCCUUGUUAAUGUGUUCCCCAAUGGCUGCAAGAAUGAGUCUAAGAGAAUGUACGCCAUACUAGACGAACAGAGCAAUCGCUCCCUAGCACGGUCGGAGUUCUUUGAGAUUUUUAAGAUCUCUGGAAAUUCCUACUCAUACACCCUCAAGACCUGUGCAGGGUGUUCAGAGACGGCGGGAAGGAGAGCCAGUGGUUAUACUGUGGAGUCGGUGGACAAGAAAAUUGGCAUUCGUUUACCUACACUCCUGGAGUGCAACCAAAUCCCUAACGUUCGCACUGAGAUUCCUACGCCGGAAGCAGCCUACCAUCAAGCCCACCUAAAGCGUAUCGCUGAUAAGAUUCCGCCUUUAGAUCCGGACGCCAAAAUUCUCCUCUUACUGGGGAGAGACAUCUUACAAGUACACAAGGUCCGAGAACAGAUUAGCGGCCCAGGUGAUGCACCGUUUGCGCAAAGGCUUGAUCUAGGAUGGGUCAUCAUUGGUGAUGUGUGCCUUGGAGGUGCUCACAGAACACAAGAGGUGAGAAGCUACAAAACAGCCAUUUUCGAGAACGGCCGUACGAGCUAUCUCCAACCAUGCAACAACCAGAUCAAAAUAAAAGAGGUAUUUGAGCAAGCGUUUAGACCUCAGCAUCAUUCAGCACCAAUCUCCAUCAAUGGUUCCAUGACGCUCAGUGGAGACUGCUUAGGGCAAACUGUCUUCGCUCGUUCUCCCGAUGAUCAUAGACUCGCUGCAUCCAUGGAGGAUCUAGAGUUUCUGAAGAUAAUGGAAGCCGAGUGUUUUCAGGACAGUUCUGGAAGUUGGGUCGCACCUUUACCCUUUCGGUUGCCGAGACAGCGGCUGCCCAACAACAGGAAGCAGGUUUUUGACCGUUUUGUCUCGCUCCAGCGCUCACUGGACAAACGACCACAGAUGAAAGCCGAUUUCCUAGAGUUUAUGGAGAAGAUGUUCAAGAAGGCACACGCUGAAGUUGCUCCACCAGUACAGCCUGGACAAGAGUGUUGGUACUUACCCCUGUUUGGUGUGUAUCAUCCAAGGAAACCAGAUAGGAUUCGUGUGGUCUUCGACAGUAGUGCAUCAUGUGAAGGAGUGUCGCUCAACGAUGUCUUGCUAACUGGUCCCAACCUUAAUAAUAGCCUGUUAGGUGUCCUUAUGAGGUUCAGGAAGGAACAGGUGGCGAUCACUGCCGACAUCGAGCAGAUGUUCCACUGCUUUGUAGUCAAGGAAGACCAUCGUGACUUUCUUCGCUUUCUGUGGUACAGGGACAAUGACCCUACCUCCGACAUCAUUGAUUACAGAAUGCGGGUGCACCUUUUUGGGAAUAGUCCCUCGCCUGCCGUUGCAGUGUAUGGUCUGCGACGGGCAGCUAAGAAAGCAGAAGCAGACUAUGGUAGUGAUGCAAGAAGAUUCAUCGAACGCGAGUUCUAUGUUGACGAUGCUCUAAAGUCCUUCAGCACAGAGGAAGAGGCCGUCAGCGUCCUAGGGUGA